UGUAUACAAUUCGAUUUAGUAUUGUUUUGCUUUUAGCUGCUUUUACUGCUGCGCAAAUACCAGGUCAAAGUACAAAUGAUGCUGUUCAAAACAUACUCAAAUAUCUGAGUGAACAGCCUGUCAAUCCUGCACUGGCCCUUUCAAAUGCACUUCAGCAAUUGAAUGUACCUGCAAUACAAGAAAACACUGUUCCACAAACAUUUCAACCUCAAGCUGCUGCUGCCAUGCUUCCUCAGGCUGCUCCUCAAGCAGCAGUACCCAAUUCAGCUGGAAACGUUGUAAUGGCUUUAUCUCAACUUUCUGCUAUCCCUGCUAUACCUGAAAGUGUUUCCUUGCCUCAGGUGAAUGCUGCUCUUGCUCCAAUUCAAGCUGCUGUACCAGUUCAAGCUGCUGCACCUGCUCCAGUUCAGGCUGCUGCUGUUGUUCCUCCAAUACAAGCGAAUGAAGUGCCUGCUGAACCACCACAAAUAGCUCAAGCACCUGCUAAACCACAAAUACUUCAAGCUCCUCCUCCUCCAGAACCUCCAACUCCACCUCAACCUCCUCCAGGUUUCCCUACGCCUAUCACACCACCUACACCACCUACACCACCUAAUCCAUCACCAGGAUUACCUCAACCUCCAACGCCUCCUCAACCACCAGGCACUGCUCAACCACCCGUACUCAGCGCAGUGACCACAGUUACGCCAGGUGUUGUACCUACUACUGUAGCACCUAUUGUAACAACCACAAGAACUAGUUUAACAACUUCAAUGCCAACUGUGAGUCGAAACCUGACAAGUAUGAUGGCCAGUACUACGCGUACGAUAGCUUCUCCUACCAUUCCACCUAUUUCUGAUGCUUCUCAUAGUUAUCCUAGCCUUUUGAUGUUUGGAUCAUUAUUGAUUUUAUUCUUUUUAAGCACUUAAAAGAGAGUGAUUUAGUUCAUCUAUCAUUUCUUUCUUUCUUUCUUUCUUUCUUUUUUACUUUAAUAAAU